AUGCUCCCACUCCAUCUCUUCGCUGUGCUUGCGGUAUCUGCUCUCGCCGCUGCCCAGGCUCCAAUCGUCGAUCUUGGAUAUGCACAGUACCAAGGCUCUACAUCCGCAAACAUAACUAGUUUCUUAGGUGUCCGGUAUGCAGCCGCCCCCUUAGGUGAUCUUCGCUUCAGAGCGCCGCAGUCACCAACGCAUGUCGAUGGAGUGCAACCAGCAAUAACAGAACCGAAUGAGUGCUUUCAAGCCGCUGCUGGGACUUCCGCAAUAAAUCCACUCGAGCAACGCGCUGAAGACGCCGUUACUGCUUCGGAGGACUGCCUUUUCCUGAACGUGUAUUAUCCGAGCGACUCUGUUGGAACUCCUCCCUCUAGACUCCCCACCCUCGUUUGGAUACAUGGUGGCGGAUACAUCGGCGGGGCUGCGAGCUCUUUCAAUGGUGGAGACAUCAUCAAGCAGAGCAACAAUGGUGUUGUUGUAGUCCUGAUCCAAUACCGGCUUGGGGUGUUUGGAUUCCUUCCCGGCGCCUCUGUCAAACGCGAUGGAGCUCUCAACGCUGGGCUUCUUGAUCAAGACUUUGCUUUGCGUUGGGUCAACCGACACAUUACAAAAUUCGGAGGGGACCCGACCAAAGUUACAAUCUGGGGCGAGUCCGCAGGCGCGGGAUCGGUUCUCCAGCACAUUAUUGCCCAUGACGGAAACACUCAGCCGCAGCUAUUCAGAGGCGCAAUAACUAGUUCAACAUUCCUUCCCUCACAAUAUGUGUUCAACGAUCGCGUUCCGGAGCUACUCUUUAGUAAGGUGCUGGCCCAAACCAAUUGUACUACUGCCUCCAACUCAAUGGCUUGCCUCCGCGCCACCUCAGCUGCAACUCUUGAAACAGUCAAUACCAACUUGAAUGGGGCCGGUUUCUUUGGAACCUUCACCUUUGUUCCUGUAAUCGACGGCGAUUUUAUCACACAGAGCGCUAUAUCCUCAUUUAGAGAGGGAAAAGUCAACGGAAAAGCCCUUCUUGCAGUCACCAACGCUUUUGAAGGAACCGCUUUCGUGAAUCAGAGUGCCGUCAUCACAGCAUCAAAAUAUUCGAUGGGACUAUUCCCUAAAUUUGGACCUGCUGAGGAACAGCGUGUUGGAUCCCUUUAUGCUCCUCUCGGAAAUGAUCUCUUCCAAGUGAAUGCGGUGCAGGGAGAAUCUAUCUUCAUCUGCCCGUCUUACUUUGUGCUUCAGGCAUUCGCCGGUCGCUCUUGGAAAGCCGAGUUUGCCGUCCCACCAGCUCUUCACGGACAAGACGUCGCUUUCUAUUUCCCAUCAACCUCGCCGCCCUCGUUCAAUAAUCAGGCAUUUAUCAAUGCUUUUGCUCAGUCAUUCACCUCGUUCAUCAUCAGCCUCAAUCCCAACGUUAAGGUCUCCACCACUAUCACGCCGCUCUGGAGUCCGUUCAAUGAGGGGAAUACAGAGAUGCUUUUCAACCGGACUGUAGCUGGGACGCCGCAGGUGCAACCAAUCCGAACCAAUUCUGCCCUGUUAGCCAGAUGCAGCUUCUGGAAUGGUGUUGGGCACCUCACAGGGCAGUGA